CCUUCGUCGUACGUAGCGCGCUGUCCAUAUGCAUAAUAAGAUCAGACCAUUAAUAUGGUCGUCUGCGCGCACUAUGCAUAAUUUUACAAUUGUCCCUUCAGUGACUUCCUAACGAAAUCAACCCUCAUACUAGGAAGAUAGUCGUUACCAAAAUGUACUUGGGAUGCCUAAGUACUGGGAAUUCUGUUCAGUUCUGGAAAGACACUUGAGCUUAGGCUCCCGAUGUGAACGAUAUAUGUGGUGCAGUGACUUGACUACUAUAUACUUAAUCGUAACUGCGCAAAACUGCGCAGAUAGAGCUGCGUUUGGGUUUCUUGGGUCACUCAGCAACGGUACUUGUCACUUGUGUUAUACAUAUAACAGCGUCGACUUCUUGUGAUCAACGCACAUGUCCGAAGCCAGCUACCAUCAUGACUACCAUGGUCAUCCAGACACACGCUACUACCCUGAUCCCGGGGAGCAUGCUUCUGGCUCAAUACACAGAAACAGAUAUGACAAUCCCAGGCGAAUUCGAGACGUAUCCUGGGUUAGCCAACAGCCUCCAUCCCCAAUCAAUGACCCAUACGCGCGAUGGUACCCGCCUCCACCAGACCCCGUAGACCUCCCCACACCCGUAUUCCCAGACCAACCGCUCCCCAUGGCACAUUCCUCACCCAUGAUGGGGCGUGCUCCGUCUCCUGGCAUGAGAAUGCCCUCCCCGAUGAUCGGAGAAUACAUGACCGUGGAGGACCCUGAGGUCGACGGGGAAGAACUGCCGGAGGACAAUGAGGAGAUUGACUUUGAUUUCUCUAACGCUCCUCAACACCACACAGAUGGGUCGAAAGGUGCGCGACGCUGGGUUGGGGGCUUCGUCAAGGGCCUGCGCAAGUUCCCUGGACUGCGCAAAUCCUCGCACAGACCAUCGCCGUCGAAUGACUUUGCAUCUUCUCUUGGUGCUCAUCAUGAGAAUGAUGUGCAAGUUCCAAAUAUAGCGAGCUUGCGCUUGCGCCCACUCACACCUACUGGAAUAGCGCAGACUGCAGAGCUGAUGGACAUGCCCCAGCCCUCGUCGUACCCGCGACCAUCGCCACAGCAUCAUGCAUAUCAGCAGCAGUCGCCUGUACAUAGACCACCUCCCCCAGCAGCGUCAUCGCCAAUGUAUUCCCCUGGAGCGGAUGUUGUCCCUCAAGUCCUCUCAACAGUUGAUGAACGCUCAAGCGAGCAGACUGGACCACAUGAGACACAUCCGCACCCACACUCCUUCGAUGGCCACGCUCAUUCUCCCCGUACUCAUACGCGUGCCCAUUCACAUUCAUAUUCACAUUCACAUUCACAAACUCAUUCUUCAACUGUUCAACCUGUCCACCCCAACACAACUUUCACCGUGACCGACUAUGUCACUGUUCCCUCGCCUGACCGGUAUUCUCCUCCCCAACCUACGCGCAUCAAGCGCUUUCUGCACAGCCUCGACCAGCUCCCCUGGGUCGAGCACGAGCAAAUCGUCGAUGCCUACUUCCCCGGCCGUUCCUCCCGCCGCCGACGUCACCCAGAUUCGCCCGUGGAUGACGGAAAAAAACCUGCAGCAUCGUGGUACAACAAGCGGCACAAUUCCCUCCCAAUGGAAAUGGGCUAUGGACCGGGCAGCGCGCCUCUGAUGUAUGGAUGGCCACCACAGAUGCAAAAGGCUUACUCGCACCAAGGAAUGGUUACUCCACAGUUUCCACAAGGGUACAUGCCUGUACAGCCCGCGUUUGUAUACCCUACUACUUUCCUUCAACCGCCGAGGACGUAUUAGAGAUCCACAGAUGUUAUAUACAUAGCUACAACGAGCAACAUGAGAGAGUCAUGCAAUGAAAAUAUUUUGCAUUU